GAGCGGCCGCGCCUGCGCAUUGAGUGCCGACUUUGGCUGCUCGCCGUGCUCUGAGCUCGGGAGUGGCUGCCAUCUUAGCCGCGGGACUGAGGAGCUGCUGCCGCCGCCGUCGCCGCCUCUUCCUCUUCCCCCCAGACCGGUCCAUAGCCCAGUUGGUGGCAUGUCUGGCAGUAGUUCACGGUCAGGGUCUGUGGGGGGAUUGACCAUGAAAUCACAACUUCAAAUCAUUGUUAUCUCAGCGAAACUUAAAGAAAAUAAAAAGAACUGGUUUGGACCGAGUCCUUAUGUGGAAGUCUCAGUAGAUGGACAGUCAAAGAAGACAGAAAAAUGCAGCAAUACCAACAGUCCCAAAUGGAAGCAGCCUCUUACUGUAAUUGUCACACCUGUCAGCAAAUUAAAUUUUCGUGUAUGGAGUCACCAGACAUUAAAAUCCGAUGUUUUACUGGGAAGUGCUGCUCUAGAUAUUCAUGAGACGUUAAAGGCAAAUAAUAUGAAACUUGAUGAAGUGGUUGUGACAUUACAACUUGUGGGUGACAAGGAGCCAACAGAAAUCAUAGGAGACUUGUCAGUUUGUCUUGAUGGAUUACAAGUAGAUCCUGAGAUUCUAACGAAUGGCUAUGCCACAUGUUCAGAAGGUAGUUCACAGAGUGAUGAUUCCAGAACCAGGAAUGAUACAAGACCAAAUACAAAUGGACCCGAUAAUGCUGAGGAACCAGGACCCAGUGAAAAUAGGAAGGUCAAUGGCAAUAACUCUCCAUCCCUCACAAAUGGAGGUUUUAAACCUUCUAGGCCUCCAAGACCUUCACGGCCACCUCCUCCUACUCCUCGUAGACCAGCAUCUGUCAAUGGUUCUCCAUCCGCACCUUCUGAAACUCCUGUGUCUAGUACAGAGUCAUCACCUUCAACAAAUAUGAGUGUAAUUCCUGAAGGAGCAACAGCUGGAGCAUCAGUUCCUGCCACUGUGGCUUUAACAACACCUCCAACCUCUAGACAAGUGCAGUCAGUAAAUUCUGCUUCUCAGCAGCUCAAUACAGUUAAUCAAGGUCCCCUUCCACCUGGUUGGGAACAGAGAGUGGACCAGCAUGGACGCGUUUACUAUGUAGAUCAUAUUGAAAAAAGAACGUCAUGGGAUAGACCGGAACCUCUUCCUCCUGGCUGGGAACGUCGAGUUGACAACAUGGGACGUGUUUAUUAUGUUGACCACUUCACAAGAACUACCACCUGGCAGCGGCCAACUUUGGAGUCAGUUAGAAACUAUGAGCAGUGGCAACUACAACGGAGUCAACUCCAAGGAGCGAUGCAACAGUUUAACCAGAGAUUCAUUUAUGGGAAUCAAGAUUUGUUUACUUCAACUCAGAAUAAAGAAUUUGAUCCUCUUGGACCUCUGCCACCAGGAUGGGAGAAGAGAACAGAUAACAAUGGCAGAGUGUAUUUUGUCAAUCACAACACACGUAUCACACAGUGGGAAGAUCCCAGAAGUCAAGGUCAGUUAAAUGAGAAGCCUUUACCAGAAGGCUGGGAAAUGAGAUUUACAGUGGAUGGGGUUCCAUAUUUUGUGGAUCAUAAUAGGAGGACAACAACAUAUAUAGAUCCUCGAACUGGAAAAUCUGCUCUAGAUAAUGGACCCCAAAUAGCCUAUGUUAGGGAUUUCAAGGCAAAAGUUCACUACUUCCGUUUCUGGUGUCAGCAAUUGUCUAUGCCACAGCACAUCAAGAUUACAGUGACAAGGAAAACUUUGUUUGAAGAUUCAUUUCAGCAGAUAAUGAGUUUCAAUCCCCAGGAUCUUCGAAGACGUUUGUGGGUGAUUUUUCCAGGAGAAGAAGGUUUAGAUUAUGGAGGUGUGGCAAGAGAAUGGUUCUUUCUUUUAUCACAUGAAGUGCUGAACCCAAUGUAUUGCCUGUUUGAAUAUGCAGGGAAGGAUAAUUACUGCUUGCAGAUAAACCCAGCUUCUUAUAUCAAUCCAGAUCAUCUGAAAUACUUCCGUUUUAUUGGCAGGUUUAUUGCCAUGGCAUUAUUCCAUGGAAAAUUCAUAGAUACAGGCUUUUCUUUGCCGUUCUAUAAACGUAUCUUGAAUAAACCUGUUGGACUCAAGGACUUAGAAUCUAUUGAUCCAGAAUUUUACAAUUCUCUCAUCUGGGUUAAAGAAAACAAUAUUGAAGAAUGUGGUUUAGAGAUGUACUUCUCAGUUGAUAAGGAAAUUCUUGGUGAAAUUAAGAGCCAUGAACUGAAACCCAAUGGCAGUAAUAUUCUAGUAACAGAAGAAAAUAAAGAAGAAUACAUUAGAAUGGUAGCUGAAUGGAGAUUAUCUCGGGGUGUUGAAGAGCAGACACAAGCCUUCUUUGAAGGCUUCAAUGAAAUUCUUCCCCAGCAGUACCUGCAAUACUUUGAUGCUAAGGAACUAGAGGUACUUUUGUGUGGAAUGCAAGAGAUUGAUUUAAAUGACUGGCAAAGACAUGCCAUCUACCGACAUUAUACUAGGACAAGCAAACAAAUCAUGUGGUUUUGGCAGUUUGUGAAAGAAAUUGACAAUGAGAAGAGAAUGAGACUGUUGCAGUUUGUUACUGGGACGUGCAGGUUGCCAGUUGGGGGAUUUGCUGACCUCAUGGGGAGCAAUGGACCACAAAAGUUUUGCAUUGAAAAAGUUGGGAAAGAAAAUUGGUUACCUAGAAGUCAUACCUGCUUUAACCGCUUGGAUCUACCACCCUACAAGAGCUAUGAACAACUGAAGGAAAAACUGUUAUUUGCUAUUGAAGAAACAGAAGGAUUUGGACAAGAGUAACCUCUGAGAAUUUGCACCCUUGAAGGACAUGAAUUCAUUUGGAAUGUAUGUCCUUCACCUCUUCUGCUUAUUGCACAUCUUGUAAAUUGGACUCUGACUGUUUAAAGACUUAUUUGUGUGUAAGUAAAUUAAUGUUAUUACGAUUGAUGCCCCAGUAAUUCUGGAUUUCUACCGAGCCCUUCCGGAAAUAAGAGAUUUAAGUGACAUGGCUACAGAUGAAACCUGACUUAACUUGAGAUUUAACACAGCAAUGACACCUGCCUUGUUUUACUCAACAAGAAUGUUUCUUUAACAUUUUAUUUGGUCAGAUCUUUCCUUUGGAGGUAGGUUUUUCUUUGGGGGAGCUGCAGACAUUCUGGGAAGUCCCUUUAUAGCUGCAAUAUGCAGGUUCUUCAUCUUAAGCCUCUUGGUAAAGAGGGAUUAUCAAUUCAAGCUUAAGCCAGCUCCCAGGUACCAGGAGCAAGCGUCCAGCUCACGUGCCUAUUCUCACUGCAGCUUGGCCUGACUGUUUUCCAUUUUGCAUCAUUUGGAUGUUACCUCUGGAAGUGAUUCAGAACUCUCGCAUCUGUUCACAAAUACUUUCUGCCAUUCAGUGCCACUUCAAAAAUGAAUUCCAACAGAACUAAAUCCCAGCCCGCACACGACACUAUUACAUUUGUCUCCUCAUUGGGAUUUUCAACUUAGUGCAAAUGCUCAACUGGCCCAGCAUUGUUAACACUAGGAAAGUGGCUGGGGAAUGGGAUGGAUUGCUCACAUUGGCUGUGUAUGUGAGACAGGCCUGGUAAGCUUGAUCUCAAGCAGUUUAAUUGAGGACAGAGCAAACAGAGGGAAGGUAGCCAAACAAAAUUCCUCAUUGCAAAAGUUCACCUGGAAUUGAAAUCAAUUAGGUUCUAUAUAUUCCACUAUUUUUACAGAUUCAUGUAAAUGGUGGAAAAGGAGAGAUGGAAGUUAGGCUUGACCUUUGCAAUUGUGUCAUUCAGAUAAUUUCCUUUUUCUUUUUUUUAAACAUUUAAGUGUUGUUGAACAAGCCACUUUAUGUGUUGUUUACCUUCUAAUCCAAAUUAUUUAAAGUAAAACAUGUCUAGAAAUUAUAUUUUCAUUUUGGGGGAAACUUGAGGUUUUGGUUUUUUAAGAAUUGCUUGUAGAAAGCAAUCUGUGUGUUUACUCAGUUACCUGUGAAAUGUUCUCUCUCUGGAUUUGGACUGAUCGUUUCCCCAUCAUAUGUUAAGGUAGUCAUUUGGGUUCCUUCUUGUGCCUGAGCUUAGUUGAAUUAUUUUCACUUUAAAGUUAAGCAGUUUUAAUUUCUAUUUUCCGUUAAUAUUUAAGAUUAGACUUGAUUUUUGUUAAUGAUUGCACUUUGGGUCUUUUAUGUGUAUAUUGUCUUUCCUCAUCCUGCCCCCACGGAGUCUGUCUAGGGAUGGAUUGAAGUUAUGGGUUUUAAACUAUGGAGACUGGGUUGGAGCCUAAAUUGUCAGCGGUGGAUGUCAGAAAGAGAAUCCAGUCCCACCUGGAAGAAAACAUUUUUGUUUCCUCCACAGUUGAAUCUUGGAGCAAAAAACAAACAAAAAACCGUAAAGAUAUUAAGUGUACUUUGGCUCUAAGAGACUAGAAUCUUAAAAUAGGGAUUUCAUGUGAGUGAACGGGCUGCCUUGUCUGGCGGUUGCCUGUCUGUAUACAAGGGAAAAGAGGCUCUCCCAAUUCUGUUUGAUUUUAUUUAUUUUUAUACAUCCCUUGCAUAUACCCCAAGAAAUGCUUUGUGAGUUCCUAAAGCCAUAGCUGAUUUUAAAGCAGAGACUUGCCAUUUUUUCCUGUUGGGAGGAUAUGAGACUGUCUUACUGAGUAAAUAAUUACCAACUACUCAAAUAUGACCAAUUUUUUGUGAUAAGUGAUGGGCUCUGGAGGAGACAAAGCCUUAUAAAGAUUUCCUGGUGAGGUGAAUUGUCAUAAUGAAAUUUAGUUACCUAAGAGACUUAUAAGAGAGAUUUACAAAAUUAAGUGAGAUAAUGUAAGAAAGUAGACUUUUUUUGUUCUACAUAAUGCAUCAUGAGUCAUCUACAGAUAUAGAAAUAUUGUGUUAAAAAUGUAUAAAUAUCACCCAAGAGGCUUUCUGCCCUAUAUUUUUAAGAUACAGAAUAGUUAUAUUUGAAAUAGCCAGAGCCCUAGUUCUAUAGGGUUUGGCUGUUAAAUAUUUUUAUGAAUGAAAUGUUUAGUUCCAGAAAAGGUAAAUGCUUGUAUAUAUUUUUGCAGCCUGGGGGUCUCCCUUAUUCCAUUUCUUCCUUUAAUUUAAGUGGCCACAUGUAUAUGUCUUUCCUGCUGUACUAGGGAACUGGGGGCUGGAUAUCCCAAGAACCAGAGGUUGUGAAAAUACUGCAGAUAUACAGGAAAUACAAAUACCUACCAAAUGAAACCUUACAUUUGGGUCCAAACUAAACAUUUGAAAAUAGAUUUGUUGUAAAUGUUUAAUUAGAGAGAUUUCUUAAAUCUUAACUAAAAAAUGCUUUUAGAAAGUCCAUUUUCUUUGUAAGCAUUGUAAAUGCUAACAAAUCCUGUUAAUUUUUUACCGCAUGUUAUAUUGAAAUAAAAAGGAAGUAAAAUAAGCAGUUGGUGCAUUCUUCUGCUCUGUAUGGGAAGCUGGGGAGCACAGCACUCACAGUCUCAUCUUUGACAAGAGAGAAGGGAUCUGGCCACAGAAAUUUUUAGUAGAAAUUAAUCAAAGUAUGGUGGUUUUGAAACAUCAAGUAAGCCAAAUAAACAAACUGCUGUUCUUUCCUUAUAUGAUUUUGUGUCAGAAUACCAAGAGUCUUAAGUAUGUAGGACUUAAAAUCUGAAAGCUAAACUGAAUUCUAGAAUUCAGUUUAGCUUUCAGAUUUUAACUUCACACCAGUGGAUUUUGAUCAAACCUUACCUUUUAUUUAUUUGACAGGAAAUUUGUAUUCCAUGACUAGGGCAUGCCCUUGGGGGGGGGGGUCAUAUGAAAGCCCCCGAGUGUGUGUAUUUCAGUCAAACAAAAAAGUUUUAUAUUUAGCCAGUUAAUAAUUGGAAAUACUAUCAUAUGCUCUUAUUCAGUUCUAAUGAACCAAGGAGGGUAAUUCUUUUCUUAAUUCUAUCCUAUCUCAAUUUUGAUGUAUUUUUCCUUUUCUUUAUGGUAACUCUUAUGUUAAUGUCACCUCUUUUGCAAAUAUUGGCAUCUCCAGCCCUUUUGGGGGGAUUUUAUUUUAGAGGGUUUUUGUUGUUUUUUUUUCCCCAAAAUUUUAGUUUGGCUAUAUGCUUCCAUUAACUAAUCAGGGAACAGCAGCAUUGGAUUAUACAAUACUGUAUUGGAAUUUCAUUGUUGAAUUUUCCUUGGACUGUAAUUUCAAAUACUCAGGUAACUGUAAAAGUAUCUCAACAAAUCAAGGACUUUUAUAAAAUUAAAAGAGCUGGCUCAUU